ACGAUGUUGUUGCUACUGCUGUUGUUGUUGUUGUUGUUGUAGAUUUUUUACUUUUAUCUUAUUUUUUUAGACUUAUUGUACAGUAUUCGCGUCAUUUUAGAGUUUUGUUGGCUUGAUCGCGACGGACUCAUCACAUCGGAGCAUACAUUUGAGCUCGUUGGGAUUUUGGGUAUGGAUCGUCAGCUAGCGUGAUUGAGUUUGGGUCUUUGCCCAGAUUUCGUCUACUCAAAAGCUGCACCCAUGAGGCCUGGGCUUGGCGCGUGGUCAGUGUGGGCGGUUGGUAAACGGUGACGAUGUUGUAGAAUGCGAGUUUGAAGAGGAUAUGCAUGGAAUUUUAGGGAGGAGACGGAAGUUGGAGGAUGGGCGUGAUGACGGGCGCGUUUUCUGGGGGCUGUUGAUUAUUAGGAAGUGUUGAAGCGGCGACAAGGAUUUUGUGCGGAGCUGGGGAAGUGUGAGUGAGCGUGUGUGUUGUGAAGGGGGUCGAGGUUUUGCGAAUCGAGUAGGCUAUGGUGUGGAGGUUGAGGUUUGAACUUGAGGAGUUCUUAGCUAAGAAAAUGUGACUGGAUUAGUGGAGAGGGUUUCAACCAGCCGCGCUCGCACUGGGUUGAAGAGUAACUGUCACGGUCUUGGUUGGAGAGAUGGUGGUGUUGUCGGAGAUGGUCAUGAGGGGAGCGAGAAGGAGCAGAGGGAUAAAUUUAUGCGUUGCGAAUUGUAGAGCAGCGGAAGGGGUUUACAUUCUGUUUAGCAAACUUCCUUCUUUGGCCCAUGCGAAAAUCUGAAGAUGGUACUUGGGCAGGUGAUGCUGCCAGUAUUAGCUGGCAAAAAGGUGUCCGGCUUAAUGAUAGUCACGGGUUCAGGCAUUCAUGACCCAUGCGCGGGGGUUACGGAAGCAAACAAAUUUCGGAAUGUGUCGGUGCACCAUUCAGUUAACGGAUGGUGUCUUCGCAGAACUGGAAAUUUCAAUUUGAUGAAGAAGUCAUUUGAUUCGUCUUCCUUGAUAUCCCGAGCAUCUAGCCAAGCACCUUUCAAUCCUUUGCAGUAUCAAUCAUACUCAAUCCCUUCGUUAAAUUGGCGCAAUAAGGGUGUCAAGAGGCUAAUCGAAGGAUACAACACACAGGAAGUCAUACAGAGGGGCAGGCCAGUGGAGUUCUCAGAAUCGACGAUUGCUUCUCUUUUCUCUGAGCAUAAUGGUAUAUGCAAUAUACAAUCCGCUUCAUCUGGAAUGCCGCCUCGACCCCGGAGAAUCAUUCUCGUUCGCCAUGGGGAAAGUUUAGGGAAUGUUGACGAAACUGCUUACACACAAAUUCCUGACUCGAAAAUUUGCCUGACGGAAAAGGGCUGGAAACAAGCACUGAAGUGUGGGCACGACAUUCGCGAGCUGAUUGAGGGUGAUCAUAGUGACGAUUGGAAAGUUUACUUCUAUGUGUCACCGUACAACCGGACGUUGCAGACCUUGCGUGGAAUUGGGAUUGCCUUUGAUCGAGAGCGCAUAGCAGGAGUCAGGGAAGAGCCUCGUUUACGGGAGCAGGACUUUGGUAACUUCCAGGAUAGGGAGCGAAUGAGGGUGGAAAAAGCUAUUCGUCUUCGUUACGGCCGAUUUUUCUACCGCUUUCCCAAUGGUGAAUCGGCUGCAGAUGUCUAUGACCGCAUCACAGGUUUUAGAGAAACCUUGAGAGCAGACAUUGAUGUAGGUCGCUUUCAGCGGCCAGAGUCACGCUCCAAGAACAUGAACCUAGUUCUUGUGUCUCAUGGUCUUACACUUCGAGUAUUUUUGAUGCGUUGGUACAAGUGGACCGUGCAGCAAUUUGAGGGCCUAUACAAUUUUGGAAAUACAGAGAUGCUAGUCAUGGAGCUUGGACCCGGGGGCAGGUAUAGCCUGACAAUGCAUCAUUCAGCAGACGAGCUGAGAGCUUUUGGCAUGACUGAUGACAUGAUUGAGGACCAAGAAUGGCAGAAGAUUGCACGGCCAGGGGAGCUAAAUAAUAAUUGGGACACUAAUCCAUCUUUUUUCCACCACUUUGAUGCUGCCGCAAAAGGCCUUGAUUUGAAUGCAAUUCCAGAUGAUAUUGUCCGUUAUCCACCAGUGAAUGGUGCCACACAUUCAAAGCUCUACUAGUAUUUGAUGAGUAGAGGAUGUGGGCGCUUUUAUUGAGUGCUAUGAGGUUAGGUACUUUAAUUAGGAACAGGAGGAAGGGCCCAGUAAUCGAAUCGUCUCCUUUUGACAUGGGGAGCAAAAGAUGAAGUGGGCUUGCAAUCUAUCUGGCUUUUGUAUCAAACACCAGUACCGUCCAACUCUGGUACACUUAGAACCAUGUCGGCGUGCAAUGGAGCUUAAAAAUGGGUCGUGUAGUUUUUCUUGUAUCCUCAUUCAAUGGAGUUGCUAGAUUUUGAUGAGGAAUCACUACAAGGGAGUAGUAGCCUGUCGAAGAAAGAACAGCCAUGCAAUUGCUUUGUAGUUGUAUAUUGUUGAGAAUUUGUAGGACAGCGUCACUGAGACCAGGUGAUGAGAGUAGUGGCACAGUUGCUCCCGAUGACACUAAUCAAUUUUAAAUGAACUUAGAAAUUGCACGUGUAA